AUGAUCCACAGAUACCAAAGUCCAUCCGAGUCGACGCCGGGGAGCAAUGCAUACCACGAAGGGCUCGAGGUAGCAGCUCCCCAACACAACAACCUGGAGGUCCAGUCGGCAUAUGAUGCACCCAUUUCCGUGACGCACAGCCAACAUGCCUCGGCGAACAAUUACCCCAACGCCGCCGACAGUGCCGCGGAAAGGACGUCUGCAUGGGAGUCGAAGACGCCGUAUCCCACCACGCCCCGCAUGAUACACGAAGCGGUACCUGUCCACAACGAAGGCAACGUCGGCGAGCGGCGGGGGAAGAAGAUUGGCUUCAUGGUCGGCGCCAUCGCCGCGGUCAUCAUCGCCGGCGUCGUCUCGGGCAUCGUCGGAUGGCAGGUGACGGAGAACAGGACCCGCGACCGCAUCGCGGCCUUGGAGGCAAGGCUUGGAGAGGGCGCCAACGGCGGAAGCGUCAGCCAAAACGACACGACAGGCGCGGGCGGCUUCAUGCAGAGGGGCUCCUCCAUUUCAGUCACCAGCUGGCGCCCGUCGGAGGUGGAGAGGGACUUUGAGAUGCGGGUCUACUACCAGAAGCCCAACGGCGGCAACAUCUUUUACUCGCUCUACAGCACAAGCUACGGGGCGUGGUCCAAGCCGAUCGAGGUGGGCGUCAGGCCGAACAGAGAGCGGAGGAGCGACCCGCCCAUGGAAGGCACUCCUUUGGCCGCCGCGGUGGCCUGGUCCGAGUCGUCGGCGAGACCCGUGCCCUGGGAGCAGGUCCUCUUCGUCACCAACGAGGGCAAGAUAGCCAUGCAGGACUGGGGCCCCGCCUACCCCCUCUGGGGCACCAGGGCCACGACGUACACGGGCCUCGAGAACAAGGUCGGCAAAGGCGGCAAGAUGAAGUACCUCUGGCCGCACAGCGUCUGGGAGGAGAGCAGCGGUUCCAACGGGGCCAAGCUGACCCACCUGAUCCAGGACUACAAGGAGAAGAAGAACUUCACGGCCAUGACCGUCGAGCCCCCGGGCGGCGUCAGCCCGGGCACUCCGAUCGUGGCCCUUCCGAUGAAGACGGUGUUCCGGGCUCCCGAGCUGCGGCUGGUCUACCGGACGCGCGACGGCAACCUCGGCAUAUUCGACCGCAGCGCAGAAAACCAAACCAGGGAGGCCGUCCUCUCCCGGAUAAGCGUGCCCGACAAGGCGCCCAUCGCGGGCUUCUCCUCGCGGCCCGACAACCGCCCGCUGGUGACGACGAAGCUGCUCUAUCGGGACGCCGACGGCAAGGUCCAGAUCCUGACGCAGCGCGACGGGACCGGCGACCUGAGCGACACCGAUAGUUGGGAAGGCCCCGAGACGGACCCCGUCUUUGAUGGGAUGGAUGGCGACUCGCAGCUGGAGUGCCUGACAAACUCGAUAGCGAGGUACGACGGUGUCGAGAGGAACGUCGCCGAGAACGACUUGAUGAGCAGAUGUUUUUUCCAGGAGGGGGGCAAGCUCAAGCAGGUUCACUGGGACGGCAGAGCGUGGAAGGCUGUCGGGUUCGUGCCGAUGCCAGCAGAAUAG